AUGAAACAAUACAAGUAUGUUUCACUUGCGGAGUUGGAUGAAUUAUCAGAUACAACUAACGAAAAUUUCAAGGUUAACAUAUAUGCACUUAUAGUCGAUGUGAAAAUACGUUCACAACCAACAAGCGCGUCAGAAGAUACUCCUGUUAUUACGCAAUUGGAAUUACGUGAUCGUAGCUCGGAUAUCAGUACAACUUGUGUCAUUUAUAGUGAUUCAGUGGAAGGUUUCUCGGAUCAGAUACAAAAUGGUCAAAUCAUUCGAAUGCAUCGUGCAAAAAUCAAAAAAAAUACAGAUGGAAAGUUAGUUGUCUAUGGAAAGCUUAAAGUGACCGGUUUUGCUGUUCUUCUCUUCAGUGGAGAGCUUGGCGAUACUUUUGCUCCUGUCUAUCAGUCAUCAGCAACGUUUACUUUAGUAUCAAAUUACGAAGAGAUGGUUGGUUUGAUAAUUUUAAAAUACUGCUUAUCACUGUUGUUCAGCGCAAAGAAAUAUUUGGUAAAUGUUUUAAUUGACAUUAUAAGACAUUUCUUAAAGAUUAAGAAUAGAACCGAUUAUUAG